AUGUCUCCUCCGAACUCUACUCCGCAACACGACGCAACCCCAAACGACACCACCGAGUAUGCCCUCGACCAGGCGGUAGAGAGCAAAGAUGGGGAUGAGAAGGUAGUAGCCCCGGAAGCUUCUUCCGAGAGUGAAACUAAGACGCAGGAGGCGAGCCAUGCUGCGAGUAACACGACCGAGGUGGGGCAGGCCGUAGACCCUGAGGCAAAGGAGCACGUGGAUGUUUCUUCGAAAACGGGCGGGGAAGACGUCGACAAGGAUGUGGAUUCUGGGGAGAAGCCAGCUAUGAAUGGCUCAGGAGAAGCCGCAGAGGCUUCUACUGAAGCACCACAGCACGUCGAGGCGGGAGCCACCCAGGCCGAUCUGAUAGACCUCGCCUCGACACCACCUCCCGAAACUCAGUCAAAGGCCGCAGGUAAAGCGGCCAUACGAUCACCGUCGCCUCCACCUCCGCCUCCGAAAGACGACAAGUAUCUGAACACGAGCAACGCCCCCAGUCGCACAACGUCUCCCAUGUCGCAAGGAAAAACAGGCGGGGGAAUGUCGGAAGACGCAGCAGCAGCAGACUAUGCAGGGAACUUUGACGGUGGACACGAUGCAGUCGAAGCUGGAGACUCGCAGUCUGAGAUCCAGAGCAUCAUGGACCAAUUCGCACACGAAGGUGGCGGCCCUGGCGAGGAGGAAAUCAUGUCACCCCGCUUGGAGCUGGCCAGUCCAAUGCUCGAGUCGCCGUCCGCCAACUUCCCACCCCGCAGGUCGAGUCUGGUACCAGUCGACAAGCCCCUACCAACACCCACAGACGACACAUCCUCAGUGAAAUCGCCACAAUCACCACCACCCCGAACCUCCUCACUAUAUCGCGUAGGCACAAACUCGUCCUUUGUGGAGCCUUCAUCGCCUAGUGCACAUGCGCCCAAAUACCAGCCUGCCCGACCGGUACCCGAGCCUGAACCAGAUCUACCAUUUGAUUUCCACCGCUUUUUGGAGCAGCUGCGACAUCGCACCGCUGAUCCUGUCGCGAAGUUCCUGCGCUCCUUCCUUCUCGAGUUCGGCAAGAAGCAAUGGAUGGUGCAUGAGCAGGUCAAGAUUAUUGGCGAUUUUCUCGAGUUCAUCACGAAGAAGAUGGCGCAAUGCGAAGUAUGGCGGACUGUGUCGGAUGCCGAGUUUGACAAUGCGAGAGAAGGAAUGGAGAAGCUCGUCAUGAAUCGACUGUAUAACCAAACGUUUUCGCCCGCGAUACCCCCACCAGAGCCAGCUUCGCCAAGAAAAGGUCGACGGAGGCAAGAUCCUCCAGGUCCGGGCCGCAGAGGACAGCAUCAGGAAGACGUUGAGCGUGAUGAGGUGCUUGCACAAAAGGUGCGUAUCUACAAGUGGGUCAAGGAGGAACAUCUGGACAUCAAGCCUGUUGGCGAUAAGGGAAGGAAGUUCUUGAACCUGGCACAACAAGAACUCCUCAAGAUCAAAAGCUACCGAGCGCCAAGAGACAAAAUCAUAUGUGUUUUGAACUGCUGCAAAGUCAUCUUCGGCUUUCUGCGGACGUCGAAAUCCGAUCAGUCAGCGGACGCUUUUGUACCGCUGCUCAUCUACACAGUGCUGCAGGCGAAUCCGGACCACCUUGUUUCAAACGUACAGUAUAUUCUGCGAUUCCGAAAUCAGGACAAGCUGGGUGGCGAGGCUGGCUACUACAUUUCAUCCCUGAUGGGUGCCGUCCAAUUCAUCGAAGGCCUCGACAAGACCUCACUUACAGUGACUGAUGAAGAGUUCGAAAAGAACGUGGAGGCAGCAGUGUCCGCCAUCGCCGAGCGCCACGCAGAAGCGGAAGCGGAAGCGGAAGCAGGUCCCAGCCAUCUCCAACCCAGCACACCCGGACACCGCCGUAUGCCCUCACCACACUACCACCACCUCUCCGAGAAAGGCACACCGCUACGUCCUGAGGUUACAACACGAAACUCGAUGGAAGCAGAGCGCGCCACGCCCCGUCGAUCGACCAGCGUCAAAGACCGUAAGGCUGAAGCCGACCAACCAGAGGAAGAAAAUGCUGCUGUUGCAGGCCUACUGCGUACCAUCCAGCGGCCGCUUAGUACGAUUGGUCGUAUCUUCUCUGACACGGAUACGCACAACACUCCUUCGACUGGGCCAGCAAGUACACCUCAAGCAAGUUCAAACAACACCCCUCGUCCACAACCCCAACAACCUCCUCGGGCGUCCAGCGAGUUCCCUGGCCAGGCACAGGCACCGUAUAGCGAGAAGCAGCGCCCAUCCCAGGAAGACCAGCAGCGCCAACGAAUGUCCGCCGAAGACGCAGCGGCGCGCCAAGCAUCCGCGGAAACAGAGCAAGCGAGAAAGGUACAGCUGCAAGAGCACAAAGUCGUGGUCGAAACACUACAAGGCAUGUUUCCACAGCUAGAUCGGGAUGUCAUUGACGACGUGGUGCGGCUGAAGGAAGGACGUGUCGGAUUAGCAGUCGAUGCAUGUCUCGCGUUGGGGAAUCCAUAGUGCAUAAUGCACAUUCCUUUGCAGCAACAAUUGCACC